AUGGAGGAAGUGGGCUGGGGCAGUAAGCACAUCAUUGUGGAAGCUGAGGGAGCAGACUGUUUUAACGCAGCAGAAUUAAAGGCUGCCAGGAUGGUCACCCUCCCUGACAUCACGUCAGAGGCCAAGUGUCUGAGUUCGAAGACGGUGUGAAGGCAGGCCUUUGAGUGCAGUAAGGGGGGAAACAUGAACAUCAUAUCAGAGCUGGUCACUGAGCAGCAGGCUCUGCAAGCAGUGGAGACCUUCCUGGACGAGGAACGUGUGCUGGUGGAGCUGGCCUGCGGGGCUGCAUUAGCAGCUGUGUACUGUGGGGUCAUCCAGAGUCUGCAGGGUGAGGGCCGGCUGCCCGUUCCCCUAGCAGGGCCCCUGGUGAUGAUCGUCUGUGGAGGCAGCAGCGUCAAUCAGGCACAGCUGGAACAUCUCAGGAAGGUCCUCAAUAGAUGAACACAGAAAAUGGAACCAUAGAAUUAGAUAAACCUUAGAAGUACACAGUUUGGAAAACCAUACAGUAUUUAAAAGGCUAUUGGACUCCCACCAGUUUAUGGCUCCAGACUGUGUUAUUGAAAGAUUAUGAGGAUGGAUUCUUAAUAGUUUUUGAUUACAGAUUUUUAACCCGUUGUAUACAUUUUCACAAUGUUGACCAAUACUGCCCCAACUUUCUCUGCUUUGUAAUCUGUGCCAAAUUUGGAAAAUCUCUGACAUCCUUUUAUUCAUGGAAUUAAAUCUGAAAUAAAAUUCAGUAGUGCUUAGUGUUAUUAGUGUACAUUUGAUGCAGCAUUCAAAUGCAGUUACUAGUUAUGACCAACAGGUGGUACUCCUUGUCACUGAGA